AACACGGGAAUUCGAUCAAGCAAUUGUAGACAGUUUGAGUGGCGAGUGGCACGGAACGGUCUUCGAAGGAUAUUUUUGUUCGCAGGCAGUUUAGGACACAUAUUUGCUCGUGAAAUCGCGUAUAGUGUGGAUUGUGGCUAUUUUACCUUCAACUUGUUUAUAACUGUUUUAUAUUUUAAGAUGUCAGUCGUGUCUUCAAGAGUCAGUAGUGUAUCAUCUAUACUGAAGAAUCCAGGUGUAAGAGCAAAAUUAGUUGAUCGACCAAACAAAGUACAUUUCAAACUUCCAAAAAAUCUAAAGCAUAUUCUAACUAACUUUGAGAAUGGCACUCAACGAAGAGUUUAUGAAGAUCUGAUUUGUAUUUUGCGUGAUUCAACCAUUAAGGACAGUGAAUUUAUUGAGCUACUCACUGAAGUACGUCAGUGUAUAUCACUGUUGGGACCCAUGCACAGACUUUUUGUUGAGGCAUUGCUUAACAUUAAUUGGACAAAUCGCAAUAAAACAGCAACGAAUGCUUACAAGGCAUUUCUAGAGGAUUUAGUAUGUGCACACGUCUAUCAUUCAAAAUGUAUCAUCGAUAAACUUGUUGAGCAGUUCAGACCAGCAAACGAUCAAGCCAUGGAAUGGGAGGCUGGAAAUCCAAGAGAGACUGAUUUACAGAGACUUAAUCAUGUACAUGAUGUUCUUAAAAAAUUACUGAAAAUUAUACCAAUGUCAUCUGAUGUUUUACUGCAGUCUCUUACAUCCAUGUAUCCAUACAUGAAACGCAGUACUCAUUCACAUGAAAUAUACGUUCAUUCACUACUACAAAUUUUAGAAUAUGCUCCACAACUACGUUCUGAUAUUGUGUCCUUAAUAAUUAACAGAUUAAUAGUACUAGACGUCAAUGCACCACGUACCGAAAUAGAGGAUCUUGAAGAAGAGGCAAUGGAGGAAGAUGAUGAUGGAGGAGGGGUAUUUAAAAUGGAUGAUGCAGUAAUAUCUAAUAAGCAACAAUCACUGAAACAUCCUGUAGCACAUACACUAGACGUGUGCAUGGAGCAAGUCCUCUUAUAUAUAUACAGAACCUGCCACCCAAACGGAAACCUCGACUGGGAUCCUUUGAAAAGUCUUUAUCAGGAUCUUGUGCAAAUUUUUGAUAAAAUUAUUCUACCCACCCACGCUAGUCACCAUGUCCAGUUUAUCCUGUUCUACAUUUGUAGCUUUCGAACACUUGUCGCAGAGACUUUUAUCAAUUGGUUGUGGCGUAAAGUGUCUAAUCCAAAUGUUGCACCUAUUAUGCGACAAUCUGCAGUUUCCUACAUCGCCAGUAUACUUGCAAGAGCCACCUUUAUUCCUAUAGGUAUCCUGAAAACAAUGUUAUUCGAAAUGUCUUCCUGGAUACACAGCUAUAUCUCUUCCCAGGACAGUCUUGAAUGUGCGAAUAGUGACGUCAGAGUGCACACUGUAUUUUAUUCAGUGUGUCAAUCACUAUUUUACUUGAUAGCUUUCCGGCACAAGGAUCUUGUGGAGACUAAAAAAAAUCUGAUGUUCCUCCAAGGGCUGAACUUGACGAAAAUUGUAACAUGUCGACUGAAUCCUUUGCGAGUCUGUCAACCUGCAGUUAUACAAAACUUUGCUGCUAUCACUAGAACUUAUCAAAUAGCUUAUUGUUAUGCAGUAAUAGAACAUAAUUCACGUAGUAAUCUCCCAGUUUUAGAGAACAGUAGUCGACUAAUCACGUGGCUGGAUACGUUUUUCCCAUUCGAUCCUUAUGUUCUGGUGCGCAGUGGUGCCAGGAUCAAUCCAAUCUAUAUUCAUUAUCAGGCGAGUUCCGAAGCGAAUUCCUUAAAGGAAAGUAACAAAUCUGAAGAAAAUGAUGAGGAUGAUUUUAUGGAUGAGUCCUUUCCAAAACUAUCCAGUGCGCAUAGUCGCUCAAGUCUUGAUAAAUUCUCAUACGGUACAUCACCAGGAUUUAUACAUGCGUAGACACAUAGAAAUGACAUCAUUAUAGUAAAUUGUGUCGAUAAUCCUUGAAACACUUAUAUAAUGUAUGGGAAUACUAAAAACCUGCCAGAAAUUUUUUCAUGUGGAUAUUAUGAUAUUAUUGUUAUCAUCGAGUAUUAACGGUCAGUAUACGUUAAAUAAUAUGUUUUGUAUCGAUAUGUGUGAAGAAAAGAUUAUUUUCAUUUUAUAAUAAUACUUCACUCUUGCAUCAAUCAUGUACAAUUCAUGUUAUUUUCUUAAUUGAUGAACGUAGGGGUAUUUAAUAAAUCACUGUGCAAUGUG